AUGGCUUCCUUUGGCGAGGCCCCUGUCGGUGACGCCGGCAGCGGCGAGAAGAUCUUCCGCACCAAGUGCGCGCAGUGCCAUACGGUGGAGCGAGGCGGCGCGCACAAGCAGGGGCCCAACCUGCACGGCCUCUUCGGCCGCCAGUCCGGCACCACCCUCGGCUACGCCUACUCCACGGCCAACAAGAACAUGGCCGUCGUGUGGGAGGAGGCCACCCUGUACGACUACCUCCUCAACCCCAAGAAGUACAUCCCGGGCACAAAGAUGGUCUUCCCGGGGCUCAAGAAGCCCAAGGAGCGCACCGAUCUCAUCGCCUACCUCAAGGAAUCCACCACGGCUUAA